UGUGCACGAAAAACCAUAUUAGAAUAAUUUUCAGAGACAUAAGAAUUGAUAUAAAAAUGGGACAAAAAAAGAAAAAGUAUCAUAAAAACGAUGAUAAUAAUCUAAUAAGAUCAUUGAAAUGUAUCAAAAAAAAUCUGAGUGAUCAAGAAGAACAAAUUAACGUCUUAAAGCAAAAAGUAGAAAGUACUCGUCAACGGAGUCAUCAGAUAGUGACAAGUCGUUAGAUGAAAAAUUGCACAUAAAAGGAUACUUUAAUUUUAUUCUGAGCAAAUGUUAAAAAAUUUACCCAAUCCCAGUCAAAAAAUAGCUAAAAAGACAGUGGGAAAGUCAGCUGGCUUACAAUGGUCAACGAACGAUUAAACACCAGCAGUAACUGCAGACUCUCAAAUUAAAGAUUAGCAGGUAACUGCAAAUGGAGCUGAAAAUUCAAGUGACAAAAAACUUCGGAGAAAACAGAUCAAGGAACGGUGCCAAAUAAAUCAGAAGCAAUUGGAAAACAUUUGGAUGGUGACAAGGAAAGAACAUUAGCAUUUCAAAGUGAUUUAUGCUUACGUUGGAAAGACGUUCUUAAAGAAGUACUUCGAAUAGAGGAACGCGAAUGAUUUUUUAGAAAGUAUCCAACUCUCGAAAAUUGUUUAACGUUAGAACUUCAAAAAAUGAAUGCUUAAAUAAAAGCGUCACUUUUAGAGCCAAUCAUAAAUAAAGAUAAAAGACUUGUAAAAAAACAGCAAAAGGUCUGCGCUUGCUUAUCUGCCUUGGGAUUAUCUCAGAUUUUUAACUUAAUCGCAGAUUUUUUCUAAAAGGAAAUAUUUCCGAGUUUUUUUCUGGAAAUAUUUACAGAUGCGUCGCUAAUGAGAUGGGCAGCCCAUUGUGAUGGACAAAGCACAAAUGGUUUUUGGAGUAAAGUCGAUAAGGAGUCUCCAAUUGAUCAUCUUGAAUUAUUUGGAUCUUUCUUCAAUUUAAAAUGUUUUGCAAAUAAUAGACGAAACUGAGAUAUUCUCUUACGGAUUGAUAAUACAACACCGAUUGGCUGUAUUAAUCGUAUGGGAGGUAAUCAAUUUAAAAGACUAAGCAAUAGAGCAAAAGUAAUCUGGAAAUAAUGUGGGGCAAGAAAUAUCUGAAUAUUAUACUCGUAUGUUCAAUUUAAAGAAAAUAAGAUUGCAGAUCUUGUAUCUAAGAGACUAAAGCCAGAGACCAAAUACGAGUUAAGUCAGGAAGCAUUUAGUAAAAUAUGUAGUAAAUUUGCUAAUCCGGAAAUAGACUUGUUCGAGUAAACACAUAGUGUAAUAAAUAUAUUUCGUGGAAGAAAGAUCUGGAUGCGAUGACAGCUGUCGUAUUCACUGUCAACUGGAGCUUAUGGUUUUUGCUUUUUGUCCUCAUCUCAAAAAUCUUGAGAAAAAUCUUAAGUGUGAAUGAUAGAGGGGCAAUCUUAGUUGGCCUUUUUAAAUUUGAUACACUCGUUAUAUAAAUAUGUUUAAAUCAGAACCAACUAUCUUUAAACCUAAUAAACAAUUAUUAUACCCUUCCAACGGGGGGAACUUUUAUACUCUUUGAUGGAGAGCUUUCUGUGAUGGCAGGAAUCUUAUCCGACAAGCGUACAGAAUAAGAGAAAUGCCAUCAAAGGCAUUAAAAGUAGCAAUUCAUUGUUAAGCGAACCAUCAAUAGAUCAGUAUGAAGGAACACUCAUGAGGUGGUGGAGAUUUUAUUGUUUAAUGCAGACAGAUCCAUUUAACGCAGAAAUUUCAAAAAUACACGUUUAGUUCAAUUGUGGCCCUGGUUUUGGGACCAGAUAUUGAUUAAAAUGCCACUAUCAAACGAUUUUGUAAAGACGCCUCCAAACUGAGGCUGGUACAACAGAAAUACGACAUAACGUGGGGUCCAGAAACAGUAUUAAAUUGUCUGAAGAAAUGAGAAAUUAUCAUUGGAAAAAUUAUCAUUAAAGACAACCUGGCAUUAACAACGGAUCACAGAAUUCAGGCUGUUUUCAAUUGAUAUUAGAGACAUAAACAACCUAGAGAAUCAACUAGAAAUAAUUAUUUCAACUCGACAAAAAAUGUCCAAACACAAUAAAAAAACAAUCGUCCUUAGUACUACCGAUUUUCAAAAAUCUGCUUAUAUGCAUAUUUUAUGUCAUAGAAUAAUAUUUGACUUGUACAAGAGCAUUAAAAGGGGAAAGAAAUAAAUUAUUCAUAUCUUGGAAAAAACUGCAUAAAGCAGUGAUUUCUCAUAUGUUAAGUCGACAGAUAAAAUCGAUGUUAAAGGGCAACAGAAGAGAUAUAAAUAUAUUUAUAGCUGAAUACAUAUGUAGAAAUCAAUUGAAAAAAAUAAGAAUAACAAAUAUGGAUAACGAUUUCGAAGAGCGGCUUGUCGCAAAUGGAUUUAACCGGAACAUGAGAGAUCUAACAAGACUUAAACGUUGCUGAAUGUCCUUUUUUCCGAGAGAUUACGCUUCUUUGCACAUCUCAGCAAUACAAUAAUUAUUUUUGUAGAGUGCUUGCUACAUUUAACUAGAUAAUGUUCCUUACGAUUUCAUUGUGUUCAAUUUUCAUUUUAUUUCUACUGCAUUGCUUUAUACGAUAUGGAAGAGUGGGAAGAAUUCUUCAUAAUAUUCCGGGUCCAAAUGCAUAUCCUAUAAUAGGAAAUGUACAUUAUUUUUUACUUGACAAUGAAAAUAAUCUUGCAAAACUUUGGGCAACAAAUGCAAAAUUUUAUCCAAUUUACAAAUUAUGGUCCUUCGGGUACUGGACAGUAACUUUGCUUCAUCCGGAUGAUAUUGAGGUACUAGUGAGAAGCACUAAACAUAUUGAAAAAAGUCUACCUUACACGUUAUUGAAACCUUGGCUGUCUACCGGAUUGCUAACCAGUGGAGGUGAGAAAUGGCAAACACGUCGAAAGAUAUUGACACCAGCCUUUCAUUUUAAUAUCCUGAAACAUUUCGUUGUCACUUUAAACAAUGAAGCACGGUAUCUUAUAACAUCUUUAAAAGAGGAAGAAAAAGGAGGUUCUGUAGUUAAAGAUUUACAAGAAUUUAUCAGUCAACAUACACUUAACAUAAUAUGCGAAGCAGCCCUUGGUACUUCUUUGAAGGAGAGGAGCGAUUUAGAGUCUAAUUAUCGUGAUGCGGUUCGUAGUUUCAGCAAUAUCGUAGUUUUUAGAUAUAAGAGACCUUGGAUCUAUCCCAAUAUUAUAUUUGAAUUUUCUUCAUCUGGUCGAUUGCAAAGGAAACUAUUGAAAACGUUGCACAGUUUUUCGAAAAAAAUAAUUUCCGAAAGGAUACAAUUUCACGAAGAAACUAAUGGAAAAUAUUUGCAUAAUUAUGAAGAAAUGGAUGAGAAUGAAAUCUCUUGUGAAGAACGCGUGGAAAAUAAUAAAAAUCCGACGUUCAAAAAGAAACUUGCUCUGCUUGAUCUGCUUAUAGCCGCUUGUGUGAAAGGAAAUAUGAUCGAUGUGGAAGGCAUCCAAGAAGAAGUCGACACUUUCAUGUUUGAGGGUCAUGAUACUACUGCAGUGGCGUUGUGCUUUGCAUUGAGUCUGUUUGCAAAACACAAAGAUGUCCAGAAACGUAUAAGAGACGAGGUUAACACGGUUAUGCAAGAAAACUAUAAUUUGACGAUUCCAAUGCUUCAAGAAUUUUCGUAUUUAGAGAGAUGUUUGAAAGAGUCACUUCGUUUAUAUCCAAGCGUUCAUCUUAUACUUCGUUAUUUGACGGAGGAUAUGCAACUAAAAAAUUAUUUAAUCCCGGCUGGCACGAUGUGUCACUUAAACAUCUAUAGCAUCCACAGAAAUCCAGAAUAUUGGCCAAAUCCCGAAGUUUUUGAUCCCGAUAGAUUCUUGCCAGAAAAUUUAAAAAACCGUCAUCCUUAUUCCUAUAUCCCAUUUAGUGCUGGACCAAGAAACUGUAUCGGUCAAAGAUUUGCAAUGCUCGAGCUAAAAGUAAUAGUAGCUUAUAUAUUGCAUAACUUUCAUUUGGAACCGUUGAGUAAUCUUGAGGAUGUAAAAAUGUUGGAAGAUAUUACGCUGCAUUCGACCAAGCCCCUUCAAGUUAAAUUUAUACCAAUAAAAUAGAAUCUUCCUAGAAGUCAUUUUCUUCAAAAUGUACUCAGUGCAUUUCUUGGUAAUUUUUCGAUAAUGUCUGUCGAAAAGAUAGAUAGUUAUAAUCAACGUUGUACUUGAUGUACAGCUUAAAAAUCCGUUGUGGUUCGAACAUCAACUAACAACAAGUAUUUCUUAGUCUUUAUUUUAUUGCAUAUAUUCAUAAUUAAUUAUAAAUUAAUUGAAUGUUUCAAAAAUUGCAGCGCCAACGAAACCAUAUAUUAAUAUUAUAAAUAAUGCAUAUAAUAAGAAAUAAAUUUUUUAUUAUUUUA